AUGAAAACUGUAAGCUAUUCGCCAUUCAAUCGGUUUUUUCGGUAUAUUUUGUUUGUCGGUUUACAAUUGUCAUUUACCACAGUAUCGCAGACGACAGACAUCACUACUGAAACGUCUUCAUACCCCUGGAAUAUUUAUAAAAAUGUCAGCUUGUCCACCGUUGAAAUCAUUAAAAUAAACGGAUACGCAGCCGAGACCCAUCACGUCAUCACGGAGGACGGUUACAUCCUUGAAUUGCAUCGAAUCUCUAGUAGCAAAAGCGGACAGAAGCCGACAAAAAACUUUCCUGUGUUCUUCCAUCACGCCUUUCUCUCGAGUUCGGCUGGAUGGGUACUUGGAGGAGCCAACACAUCUCUGAGCAUGCAACUCGCUGACGAUGGAUACGACGUGUGGCUGGCAAACAGUCGUGGUAACACUUAUAGUAGAAAACACGUAUCAUUGAACUACAAGCAAAAAGCUUAUUGGAAUUUCAGUUUACACGAAAUCGGAACGUACGAUUUGCCGGCUGCGUUCGACCAUAUCCUGAUGAAGACAAACGCCUCGCAACUCCAUUACAUAGGUUAUUCUAUGGGAACUACCGUGUUUUACAUUAUGGCUUCGGAAAGACCCGAAUAUCAGUCCAAAAUUCGAUCGCAAAUAAGUCUCGCUCCGGUAGCGUAUUUCUCUCACACGAGGUCACCGAUAAAAUACAUUGCUCCGUACGCGAAAAUGAUGAACAUUGCUUACCAAAGAAUAUCGAACGGAAUGGUCAUGCCGCAGACGACGAUGAAAAUGAUUUUUGCGUCAACAGUUUGUGGAGGGAAAAUGACGCAAAAACUGAUAUGCCAAAGGGGAAUCAUCUUUUUCAUCAGUGGCAGCGAUCCACAAUACUUUAAUACCAAAUUAAUUCCGCUGAUCAUGGGACACUAUCCGUCGGGAACGUCGUCCAUGGUUCCCGAACAUUUCGCCCAGAUCAAAUUGAAAGAUGUUUUCGGUCGGUACGAUUACGGUCCGGUCACUAACUUGGAACGGUACAAUUCUACCGAGCCUCCCGCGUACGAUCUGACAUCAAUCCGGGUGCCCAUCACGUUGAUGUACGGUAAAAACGACUUGGUGGCUGACGUCCAGGACGUGAUGAGACUGAAAUCUCAACUCCCCAGACUGAUGGACGCCGUGAUGAUCGACAACCCGUACUGCAAUCACGUGGACUUUUUGUGGAGCUUGAAAGUCAACGAACACGUAAACGAUCCGAUCAAAGAAACGUUGCGGAAAACUGACGACGUUAACUGGAAGUACUCGGGGCCAAAUCCUCCGAAAUUGAAGGACGUUCUCGACAUCGGCGGCAAUGUAAGUGAUGGCUCUAUCGGCAGCAGCGGAUACGUCAAUAUCAGUAGCAGCGCGGCAAAUGUUGGUGUCAACGGUAUUGUCGAUGCCAAUGCCAACGGAAAUGUCAGUAUCGACGACGGUGGACAUUUCAAUGUCAGUAACAGUGCAGGCGACGAUGUCGGCAACAGUAGCAAUGUCGACUUUGGAAGUGGAGGUGCCACCAGUGGCGGUGACGUACCGUCCGAUUUAGAUUACUUUGCGAAAAACUUGAGAAGGAUAAUCGCGGACGCCAUGCCGAAGUCGAUGGACCGCGACGAUGACGCAGCCGUCUUCGAAAGGGAACAGGCGUUGCAAGAGACGCUGUUGGCGGACGCCAUCGAGUUCGUCCGGUCGGUCCAAAAAAAGUACGGACCGGCACUUGACUGGAAAAAAUCGUCAACGAGUGCUACGCAUCACAGGAAUGCCGAACAGGUAGUCGCAAGUCCAAAGGACGCUCCGGCCCGAUGAAAGACGAAAGUCCGUCGAAAUAAAACUACAUAAUAUAUAUAGGUAUAUUAUAAUAUGCUAUAGACAAUUCUGCAAAAACAAUAAUACUCAAGUAGGGAGGUUCAGAGGUUGUAAGUAUAACGUAUAUAGAUAUACAAGCUUUUUAUAGUAUGAAUAUGUCGUAUCUAAGUAUAUACAUAAUAUAUUUGUACUUAGGUACUCGUGUCACUGCAGCAGUUUAUGGAGAAAAAAAAUUAAAAAUUAUGAUUUAUAUAAUAAUUAUAUAUACAUAGUUAGUAGAUAUAUACAAAUAUAAUUUCAGAACGGUAUUUCACGACAGUAUUUUCAAUCUCUGAAAUCAUAAUUAUACAAUAUUACACAAG